AUGGAAGUACCUCAGCUUGCAACAAACGGCAGACCCGACAACCUCACCGCACGGCUCGUCGCGAUCAUCAUCCACGAGAUGACAGCAUGCAACUCGCGUUGGCGCGACUAUGGCGCCUCCAGGGAUGCGCAGCUUCAGCAACUUCACGAAGACUGCCGACAAUUCAAGGCUCACAUCGAAACGCAGCGUCAUACCAUCAACGCGCAGGCCGAGCGCAUCAGCCGCCUGGAGUUCGAAAUGUCGCCUAUGGAACUGUCAUGCAAUACCGCGUCGCCAGCAGCGUUUUCAAUGUCGCUCCAGGGCUCCAGACGGAAGAUUCCCGAUCCUGUCGUAGAUCUGCACUCAAGCUUUACGGGCGGCACGUUCGAGAAUGCCUUGGAGAAGACGUACGGUCUAUCACCCGAUGACGAGGAUGUGGACCUAGAAGGUGACGCUUUUGGUCCGCUGAUGGCGUUGGCGAUGACGGCGGUAGAGGACGCAACUGAACAGCGUGCUGAAGCAGAGGAGGUGAUGCUGACCGAGAGCCCCAAUUCUAUGAAGAGGUGUAUGGAAGAGGCUGAUGUUGUUUCGAAGCGAGUCUGCUGUAUGUGA